UCUUGAUGUUUAAUGUCUAGUCACCAUCAAACAUUGAUGUAGAAUUUCCUUUGCCCGGCAGUUGAAAUAGAAUAGAAUUUACAUUCGAGGAACUAUGAGUGCGUCAUCCAAGUUGAACGAAAGCAUGACACAGAAAGAGAGAGAGGAAGCCAAGGCUAUGGUUGACUACCUUAUUGGGGACGAGGAAACCAGCAGAGAAGAUAUUAUUGGACGGUUUUCCCAAAACAGCCAACAAUAUGAAAAGGCUAUGAAAGGGAUAAACUUCAAGUGUCCAAUGCAGACUGCACAGACAACUGCUGAGCUGUUUCCUGGCGAACGAAAAGAUGUUUAUGUCCUGGAUGUGGCUGCAGGAACAGGCCUUUGUGGAGAUGAGCUUUAUCAUCAUGGCUUUCGAAACAUGGAUGCCCUGGAUCCGUCGAGUAAGAUGCUGGAUGAGGCAAGGAAGAAAGGACUGUAUGGUCGAUACUUCAUUGAAGUUUUAGGAGAAAAUACCAUAGACAUUAAAAAUGAUACAUAUGAUGCGGUGACAAUAUCGGGUUUGAGCGCAAUGGUUUUGAAAAAAAUGCCUUUAAAGGCAAUGAAGGAGCUCAUCCGCAUUGUCAAACCAGGUGGUUACAUCAUCAAUUCGACUUUCUACAACAUGUUCACUGAUGAUGGUGAUGUCAAAGCCGUGAUAUUUAGAGAAAACAUGAAGACCUUGGAAUCCCAAGGGAAAUGGAAGCAGGUGGAACUCAGGCGCUUCCCUGAGGUAAUAAUUGGGAGUGAAGGGGCCGUUUCAAUUUAUAAAGUCCUUGUUUGAGCACGAGGAUAGUUGUCUAUCCGACACUGUUGUAAACAUACCUUUAUAUUGUCUUGCUUUAAGCAGCACUUUCAGAAAUAGGUGAGGUGAAAUGGGGUUUAACGUCGCGUCCAAGAUUA